AUCAGUUUAAUACGCAAAGGGUAACAGUGCGCGUGAAUUUGUGCCAGGCAACGAAAUGUGGUUAUUGUUGUUACUCAUCUUAUCCAUAUACCUUGUACUAGUUUAUACGCGGCGACGAGAGCACUUCGCCCUAUUCAACAAGUUGGGCCUGUCAGGUCCGACGCCUUCAGUGUUAACGGGUAAUCUGCUACAGCUCUCAAAACUCGGUCACACCGAGGCGUUCCGGAAGUGGCAGCGUCUUUUCGGAGACACGUAUGGUUACUUUUAUGGCCUUCAACCCAUUAUUGUAACGACCGACGUCGAGCUACUACGCAAGGUCCUUCUUAAGGAUGCACACGUUUUCUACAACCGCAUGUUCCAGUUCAACUUGGACACACCCCACCCUGUGGCAGGAAGACAGGUCCAUAUUCUUCGAGAUGCUAAUGAAAUUAAAGCAGUGCGAACACAAUUUACAUCUGCGUUUACUUCAAGCAAACUCAAAAAGGUGAUACAAACACAAGAGGACGCUAUUCGACUCUUUUUAGAGGUUGUUAAGCCUUUUGCGGUGGCAGGUAACGCGUUCGAAGUCUCGAAACCAUUGAAGCGGCUUGCUAUGGACGUGGUUAGCAGGACCACGUUCGGCCUAGCACUUCCUGUACAGACUGCGGAAAAGGUUCCAGAAAUCUUAUACUUAUGUGAAAAAAUAGCAUUGGAGAGUCUAACCUCUAAAACGGAAUUUUUGGCCACGUGCCUGCCGGCCAGCAUCACUCAACCGACCUUAAGAGCACUCUACGCUGUCAAGUUGCUGGCGCAUAGUAUGGACCCGCUGGUAAAGAAAAUUGGCGCCGUCAUUGAUGUCCGGAGGGGGAAUCCGGAUCGAUAUGGUACCAUUGUCGAUAAUCUCCUCUACAAGAAGAUUUUGGGCCGUCAAAUGACAGAAGAAGAAAUAAUGGCAAAUGCAGCCACGGCGUUCUUUGCUGGUUUUGACACCAGCGCAGUUACUUUGACCCUGAUUGUGUAUCGACUUGGGCGUCACCCUGAAUGGCAGGAAAAACUUAGAGAUGAAAUCAGAGAGCUCUGGAACGAGGCCGAUGCCUCCGCAAGCAUUUCUAGCCUCAAACUGUUGGACAGAUUCAUUUCAGAGACCCUGAGACUGCAGCCUCCAGUUCCUGCGUUUGUGUUACGUGAAGCCGCCAAGGACUACUGGCACGGAAGUCUCUUGAUUCCACAGGGAACUUCUAUUCAGGUCCCUCUAACUGUUCUUCAACGUGACCCCAAAGUGUUUCCUAAGCCAAAUGAGUUUGAUCCUGACCGCUUUGCACUUAAUUUGCCUUCGGCUUACUACAUGCCUUUCGGGGAAGGUCCACGAAGCUGUGUUGGGAUGCGGUUUGCCCUUACGUUAGUCAAACAGACAACUGUCCGUCUCCUACAGAACUAUCGCGUUCACCUUAGCAAACAGCUACAGGCUACGCAAGACCCGCUCAUGGAAGACUCAAGAAUUCUAACAAGGACCAAAGACAUUUUAGUGAGAUUGGAAUUAUUGGAAGGUUAAUUCGAUACGAUGGGGGCUCAAGUGACCCGCUCGGAUCAAUGAAGCUUCUGAAGAAAUCUUUCUUAUAUGUUGUUUAUUCAAGCCGAUACGACUGAUCCACAUCAUUUUAAUAAUCACCAUCAUAAUAAAAUUAAAAACCAGAGUCUACGUUGCCAAGCGCUGAUCAUAACGAAACAUCAUUCUAUAUAUAUAGAUGAAAAUGGCAGAUUAGAAACAAUUGGAGGAAAAUGUCUACGGCUGUAUCCGUAGACAUACUUACGGGUCCUCGCAGUUAGAGAAUCGAUUACAAAAAGACGCGUAUACUGACAAAUGCAUAUACGUAGUUCACUACUGACUCAUCUGACGCUACACCAGGUCGCUCCUUGAAGCGCAAACGAUUUUGCAACAAUAACGGACCACGGGUGCAAGUCUUCAUCGAAAACGACACGGCACGAAUGAUCGACAAAGGGCAAUCGAAGAAAAAGUUCAUAUAUUCUUUUGGGACAACUUUGUAUUAAUAUAGAAAUAUUAUCGUUGCUAAGACUGAGAGUGCAUGCUGGGAUGAUGCUCGAAGGAGAUGAAACGAAUCGAAAGAUUCUGAGGUCGAUCACUCUGAGGCGAUUCUAUUGAAAAAUUGAUUAUUAUUUGGAAAACGCCGUAUUCCGAAGCUCGUCGUAUAGAACUAUACUGAACUAUUCUUACCUCUAUCUAGGACGAUUGUCUAAUUCUGAACAAAAGCGUUCUUCUCUGAACUGAAAGCGUUCUUAGAUGAAACCAGCUCUAGAGAAUGUUGCUAGUAAUGUAUGAGAAUUUAAAAAGAAUAUUUGGAAAAUUCGCAGAAGGAUAAAUAGCAAACGUAGAGCAACGUGUACUGCUUCGAGUGGAGAAGUUGGAUCUUAGGAGGGAAAAGCAUAAAUCAGAGUAUAGCGCCCAAUAGAGGCUGGAGUAUUUACGACUUUUUUUUGAGAAAGCACGGGAACUGGCAGAGUUAUAGUGACUCGUUUAUUAUUAAGAAUCCAUAUUGGUUAUAAUCGGCGGAAUUAGAAGAUAUCCUUCAAACAGCCUGAACAGCUAAGUUCAAGUAAAUAUACAGCGUUUUAAGAAAUACGAGAGCGAAUAAAGGUAAUGGGUUUUUGCCGCGAA